AUGAGGACACCCGGAGACUUUAUAUCGCUGGUUACGCUAUGGAGCCUUAUAUUGCGCUUAACUACAGCUACUAUUGAUUGUGUUUGCUCAACUGAUGACUGUCGCCAUGACAACCAGUCCAUGUGUAUGGCAGAAUACAUGUGCUAUGUACAGUACACACCAAACCUUGAGGACCAUGGUAGCACCCCAAAAGAACCAGUCAUGAGGGGGUGCAUCAAUACACGCACCCCCCUGCUGUGUGAGAACAGGCGUCCCAGACACGAUGGUCCAUGGCCUGUAUUGCUAUGUUGUAGUGAUGACCUGUGUAAUAGAGAUGUCUUACCGACAAUACCUACAUGGUUACAAAAAAUAAAAAAUGGAAAGAACCAUACAAAUACAGACCUUGGCGAUUCAGUUGUGAAAGACACUCCCCAUGAUGCCUCAGGAAAGCAUUAUAUUAUAAACUCAGAAGACAUUGGUGCUGAUAUUCCAAAAGCUCGUAACAUGACAAUUAACCCAAUAUAUGUUGCAGUGCCGAUCGCAGGCACAUGUGUGCUCUUAGCACUUAUUAUAUUUGGCAUUUACAUCUUAAAAAGACGGCAUAUACAAUAUGAAAACUGUUACUAUGACACUGGAGAACAUCAACAACAAAGUAGUGUAAUACCCAAAGAACAAUUUUAUCAACAAAAUGGGCAUCUAUUAAAACAAAAUGGACAUCUGCCUAAACAAAAUGGACAUCUGUUGAUACAGAAUGGACAGCCACCACCGCCUUCAAUAGUGAGAACUUCUAGUAAAUCUCCGACCUACUCAGAUACUGAGAGAUCUUCUUCAGGGAGCGAAAGUAAAUUAUUAAUGAAAGUGUAAACUAUUGUUUUAGCUAGAUGUUUAAUAUACAAUCACAUCUCUGAUUGAUACAGGGUAGUACAGAAAGUAUGAAGAAUUCAAAGUAAUCUAUGGAUUUUUUCUGUGUCACUCUGUAUCUGAACAUACCUUUAUCUUAAUUUUCUCAGGGGUUCUUGAC